AUGUCAGCAGUUGUAGCAUUGUACAAACUGAAAACUUUUAAUGGUUGGUCAGAUACAAGCUUCACUAGCAUUUGGGGGCUUUUGUAUGACAUGCUCCCAAUGGACAAUGUUAUUUCAAGAUCCAUUUAUGAAGUUAGAAAAUUAUUUAAGGAAUUUGAUUUAGGUUACCAAAAAAUUCAUGCAUGUGUUAAAGACUGUUGCCUAUUUAGAAAUGAGAAUGAAAAGUUAGAAAGUUGUCCUCAUUAUGCGAGUUCAAGAUGGAAGAUUGAUGAACGAACAAACCAAAUCAAACAAGGUGUGCCAGCCAAGGUAUUGAGAUACUUUCCUAUCAUUCCACGACUUAAACGGAUGUUUAAAAUAAAUGAAGUUAGUGAAAGUUUACGUUGGCAUUGGAGCCAUAAAAGUACUGAUGGAAAGAUCAGACAUCCCGUUGACUCUGUUGCAUGGGAAACAAUUGAUAAAAAAAAAUGGCCUGAGUUUUCAAUGGAUCCACGUAAUCUUAGGUUGGGCCUUGCUACAGACGGGUUUAAACCCUUCUCCAAUUUAAGUAGUCGAUAUAGUUGUUGGUCUGUCAUGCUUGUUACUUACAAUCUUCCUCCUUUGUUAUGCAUGAAAAAAGAAAACAUAAUGUUGACACUGUUGAGUUCUGGUCCCAGACAACCCGGAAAUGAUAUUGAUGUAUAUCUACAACCCCUUGUGGAAGAUUUACAACAACUAUGGAAAGGAAUACAAGUUUAUGAUAUUGUAGGCAACACACAUUUUAAUUUGAGAUCAAUUCUUAUGUGGACUAUAAAUGAUUUUUCAGCAUAUGGAAAUCUUGCGGGAUGCACUACAAAAGGUAAAUAUGCAUGCCCAACAUGUGGAGAUAGUACUCGUUCUUAUUGGUUGAAACAUAGUAAAAAAUUUGCAUAUAUGGGUCAUAGACGAUUCUUGUCAAGGGCUCAUCCAUAUCGAAGAAAAAAAGCAUGGUUUGACGAUAGAAUAGAAGAACAGUUACCCCCCAAAAUAGCUACAGGUAGUGCAAUUUAUGCCCAACUUCAAAAUUUUGAUAAUUGUUGGGGAAAACGUGAAAAGAAAAAGAGCAAAAGUCAUAAAGAUUUGUCAAACCAAAGGUGGAAGAAGCGAUCGAUUUUCUUUGAUUUACCAUAUUGGAAGGAAUUACCAAUACGACACAACUUGGAUGUCAUGCACGUGGAGAAGAAUGUAUGUGAGAGUAUUAUAGAUUCAUCCGUUGAAGGUUACUCUGAGUUGUUAAAAUGGCUUGCGAAUGGACCACGAAAGAAUGCAAUGUCUUACACUAGAUACAUCAUAAAUGGGAAAAGAUUUCACACAAAGAGUGUUGAAAAAUCAACUCAAGACAAUGGUGUUGCUGUAGAUGCUACAACAUUAUGUAGAUCUAGUGCCAAAGAUAAAUCUCAAGUUAUGGAUGUAGUUGCUUAUUACGGAGUGUUACAAGAAAUCAUCUUGUUAGACUAUUAUGUCUACCAGCUUCCAAUCUUCAAAUGUGAUUGGGCAAAUGUUCGCAAUUGA